CAUGGGUCCAACUCCAGAAGAAGUGUAUUUAAAUAUUGGCAAGAUAGUCCGACUUCUAUCAAAAGAAGAUGUAUAUCCUAUUGAAACAGUCGAAAAACACAAGGACAUAAGAGAAUUACUUCAGCAGCAGUUUAAAGAAAGUUAUAGAAUGACGAAUUCAAUAGCUUGCGAUAAUUGCGAUAUUACGAACAUUGUUAAUGUCACCGUAGGGCAUUUCACAUUCUCAAAGAUCUACUUUUUGAUAUCCUUCUUCAUCUGGAUAUUAGAAAAAAAAAAUGAAUCAGUCAAAGACAUUGGUCAAAUUGCAAAAGAUGCUUUUAAAGAGGAGUUUGUAAACAAUCACUGGAAAAUUGUAAGUGAAUUUUUGCAAGCCCGAAUAAUAAUUAUGGAAUUUAGUACCAAGACGCUGCCUUGUUUUCUACAAAUUCUGGAUUCAAACAUGCAUCCAGAGAAAGUACUUUUCUUUGUAAGAAUGGCAGAGAACCCUUCGGAAACUUUAGCGCUUACCUUUGUCAAGCGCAAUGAAAAUAUCAGAAAAUUGAAAUACCAAAAAUUUUUCUUGUAUGAUGACCAGGUACUAAUCAAUUACGAUGUCUACGGAAAAAAUCAUCAAGGCAAAUGGAUCUGUAGGGAACCUUUUUGUCCCGUUACGUUGAUAUUUCCAAAUGAUGAGAAGAAAUUGCCAUGCAGUGUUGGAUUUCAUACUCAUACUCAAAAAGGUAAGGCUUUUCUGAGCAUUCUUAAAGAAAAGCUCGAAGCAAAUGAAGACAUCUGUCAACCAGUCCAAAGAAUAGCCUUUCCUUUUGUGCUGAAGAUCAGGCUAAAAGCUUCUAAAUAUGGGGGGAUACGGAAAAACAGGCCGCUGUAUAACAUGAAAAUAAGAAAUCUUUGGGAAAAAAAGCCCAAAGGAUGGCAGGAUGAUCUGGUUUUCGAAAACCCAAAUAAGCCAGGAUCAAAAUUAAACAAGAAGAUGAUUAGGAAAAUUUUAAAAUUUCUUAUUCAGAAGUGUCCAUCACUCACAUAUACUUAA